GGCGGCGCUGAUGUGUCCAUUGAGAGUGUGAGUCCUCCAAUUGGCGGCGGUGCAGUUGUGUUCGUUGAGAGUGAGUCUCCCGAUGCUGAAGCUUUACUGGAGCGGGGCGCAAUCUGUUGUGGAGAAGUCUGAGCCCAGCGGGGACACGGGAUUUGUCCUGUCACAGGGAGGGUCGGAGGCUGAUGGAGCCCACUGAGAGAGCCGUUCUUGAAACCAGACGUUUUAGUGAUCUGGGUGCUGAUAUUGACCUUGGCACACUCCCUGAAGAAGAGAAAGAAGAUCUUGGUGUGGAAUUGGCCAAGCUAGAAGAUGAAAUCUCUACAUUGCGACAUGCUCUGAUUGCCAAGGAGAAGCAUCUAGUUGAAAUAAAGCAGAAGAUGGGCAUCACCCCACUGAAUGAAAUAAAACACAAUUUAAGCAAAGGCUGGCAGGAUAUGCAGACUUUUGAGAUAUACAAAAAAACACAGGAGACUCUCAAUACCACAGGACAAAAGGCGUCAGCAGCUUUGAAUAAUGUAAGCUCUACACUUAGCAAGAAACUGGGAGAGAUGAAAAAUUCUCCGAUGUUCAAGUCCUUUGAGGAGCGGGUCGAAACUACAGUUAGCAGUCUGAAGUGUAAAGUUGGUGUGCCUGCCCACAGCAGUGGAAGUUUUGAAGAUGUCCUGAACUCUACUGUCAAUGCAAGUGUCCAGGAAUCAACUGCAGGAAAUCAUCCAAAUGAAGACUUUGGAGUUUUUUAAAUCUUUCCUUUAACACUGUAAAAUCUCAAUGUAUAAAUCUUGGUGUUACUAGAUUUUAUUUAAAAUCCAGUAGACCUGUCUCUCCUGAGUGAGUUGGGAAAGACAACCUGGAAUUAUUCAAAACAAAAUAGUGGGAAAAAACUUUCUACAUGUUAUCAAAAGAAAAUUGUUUCAUACACACUUAUAUUCUUUGACUAUGUCUUUACUAUAUUUAUAAAGAGCUUAUUCUGAACUUUUAUUCUAAGCUCUAUCUGUACUUGUGUUGUAACAGAAUUCAUUGAGUUACACAUGCUUCAAGCAAAACCUGUUUUAAGAAAUAUUUUAUAAAACACUGUUCUGAAGACUUAAUGUAUUGUACUCCAGUUUGAGGUCUUACAGAAAAAAAGAAUGGAUAAAUAAUUUCUUGAUACCAGCUCUAUUUGCAACUUCUUGAUGGUCAUGAAGUGAAGUGCUCUAAAAUUAAGUAUUUAGAAGUAGAAUUAGCAAUUUACAAUGUUUUUUAAAUUGACUCUACAAUCAGCUUGUUCUGUUAAAAUAAUUUGGCAUUGUGUUUGAUGUAAAUUGGAAGCAUUUUUAAGAUACUGUAUACAUAAUAUCCAGAAUACUCAAAAUUUUGAAUGUUACAUUAGCUUUGCCUCUCAAUUAAUAAUGGUAAAGCUCUAAUUGGAUGUGUUUUUAUGGGGAGACCCAGGAUGGAUUUAUGCAUAAAUAGAGUAAUUGCUCAGCACCUACACGCACUAUUUACUUUGUGGUCCAGUUUCUUAGUUGGAAGCUCACCAGACGAAAUUAAAAGGAAGGAUGAUCAAGAGAUGAUUGCCUUAAAAAAACCAACACCAAAAUGAAAGUCAUUCUAAAGAUGCUAUAAUUGAGAAAUAUUUUUUAUUCAAUUGUUAUACUGCAUAUGAAAAUGUUAUAAUCUGAAAUUUCCAAAUCUCAGCUAGUGUCAUUAUUCCAAAAUGUGUCAUUAACAUUGUCAGAACAGAUUUCUCUCCCCACCCCACAAGAGGAGUAUGUUCAGAAAAUUUAAAUUUAUAAAUUCUAAAUUAAAUAAAUUUAUAUGUAUUGACUAAUUGAUAGUGCUUUCAGUACUGUGCGGCAGGGGAGGAAAUUAAGAUGUUUGUCCUUUGUGUUAGUUGUGGCUCACUUGAUAGCACACUCGCUUCUGAAUUACGAGGUUCUGGGUUCAAAUCUCACUCCAGGACUUGAGCACAAAAAUUAAGGUGUAACACUGGAGGAGGAUUGCACUGUUGGAGAUUUUGUCUUCUGGUUAACACGUUAAACCGCGGCCGUAUCUGCCUGCUCGGGUGGAUCUAAAAGAUCCCUUGGCAGUAUUUUGAAGAAGAGCAGGGGAGUUAUCCCUGGUGUUCUUGCCAAUGUUUAAUCCCUUGAUCAAUACCAUAAAAAAAGCAGAUUAUCUGGUUAUUAUCACAUUGCUAUUGUGGGAGUUUGCUGAGCGCAAUUAGCUGCCAUGUUUCCCACAUAAUAGUGACUACAUUUCACAUAAAUAGCACUUCAUUGACUGUAAAGCAUUUUUCAACAUCCAGUGGCCAUGAAAAUGCAAGUCUUUCUUUUACUGUGGAAGGGGGAGGAAAUGAAGAAGUUAUUCCUUUUAAUGUGACGGAGCAGAAAGAGGUUAACCCUUUCUGUACUUUCAGGAGGAUAGGAAGAUGAAUUAGAACUUUCAAACAUAUUUUAUGUCUCAAAACCUGUCCAAAAAAAAUCCAGAUUAUUUUUUCCCACUUCCAUGAAAGUUACUGCUAGGUUCAGUUUCUUUGAGCACCAGUUGUUAUCCGGUACCUCAUCCAAGUUACAAUGAUUUACAUGCAAGUGUUGGCAAUUUUCUUUGCUUAACAGACCAAUUACAUAGCCAUCCAGAACACCUGCAAUAGUUCCUCUCCAAAGGUACUGAGACUAAUUGCAAUGCUUCUACUAUCAUUGUACCAGACUUGUAGCUAACUCAAUGCUAAUCUGGAACUGAGUUGGUCUGAAUGCCUCACCAGUUACUACAUAAACUCGGAGCUUUCAGCAGAGACUUAUACAAAGUUCAAACCCACAUUUUGCUAAUUAUUGAGGAGAAACCAACCAAUUUUAUUGAUAGUAAAUUUGAAUAAACAUUUUGAAAAUAUUUUCCUUUUAGUACAGGUGCAGGAAUGCUACUGUGGCACUCAGGUUAGCAUUAUUUUGUUCAUUUCCAAGUUACUUUUUUGCUUUCAACUUUAACGAUGAUUGUUAUUAACCAUUUUCUAAUCAAGCACGGUUUAAAAUUGGUUGUAUUUGAAUUGUGCAUAAGUAAAAUAAAUCAGCACCACAAGAAA